UCCGGUUUUCUCUCGAGCGGGAGUCCUUCGUCCGCAAAAGCAGGAGGGGGAGUAUAUAGAAGAACACAGGGGUCUGUACAAGGACGUGAUGAUGGAGAAUCACCAGCCCCUCACAUCACUGGAUGGACCCAGUGAAAGAGAUACCCCAGAGAGAAGUCCCCAUCCUCUGUAUUUCCAGGAUUUUACAGAGGAGAAUCACAGGAUCCCACAGGAGGAUCAGGAUGAGCACCUUUCUGAUAUGAAGGCCGAAGAUACAGAGGGAGAAGAAGAGACGUAUGUGACUGAUAUGAAGGCAGAAGAUACAGAGGGAGAAGAAGAGACGUAUGUGAUGGAUAUGAAGGGAGAAAAUGAGACGUAUGUGACUGAUAUGAAGGCAGAAGAUAUAGAGGAAGAAGAGACGUAUGUGACUCAUAUGAAGGCAGAAGAUAUAGGGGGAGAAGAAGAGACGUAUGUGACUGAUAUGAAGGCAGAAGAUAUAGAGGGAGAAGAGACGUAUGUGACUGAUAUGAUGGCAGAAGAUAUAGAGGGAGAAGAAGAGACGUAUGUGACGGAUAUGAUGGCAGAAUAUAUAGAGGGAGAAGAAGAGACGUAUGUGACUGAUAUGAAGGCAGAAGAUAUAGAGGGAGAAGAAGAGACGUAUGUGACUGAUAUGAAGGCAGAAGAUACAGAGGGAGAAGAAGAGACGUAUGUGAUUGAUAUGAAGGCAGAAGGUAUAGAGGGAGAAGAAGAGACGUGUGUGACUGAUAUGAAGGCAGAAGAUAUAGAGGGAGAAGAAGAGACGUAUGUGAUUGAUAUGAAGGCAGAAGGUAUAGAGGGAGAAGAAGAGACGUGUGUGACUGAUAUGAAGGCAGAAGAUAUAGAGGGAGAAGAGACGUAUGUGACUGAUAUGAAGGCAGAAGAUAUAGAGGAAGAAGAGACAUGUGUUACUGAUAUGAAGGCAGAAGAUAUAGAGGGAGAAGAGACGUAUGUGACUGAUAUGAAGGCAGAAGAUAUAGAGGGAGAAGAGACGUAUGUGAGGAGAGAUCAGAAGUGUAAGGAAGAGGAAAUGCCUACAGAUAUCAGCACAGCAGAUGGAGGCACAAGCAGGAAUUCCUUGGAGGGAGAUCUCAUUUUGUCUGCAGAUAGUAAAAUAGAAGAUAACACCACACAGGAUUCUCCAGGAGACAUCCCCAUUUCUCUAACUAUACAUCCAGUACCUGAUACUUCAUCUGAUCCCUGUAAUCGCGAUGACUGUUCAUCUAAUACCUCAGAUUUUGUUACACAUCAUGCAGCUCAUACAUGUGAUAAAAUAUUUCCAUGCUCUGAGUGUGGGAAAAGUUUUGCACGCAAAUCACAACUUGUUAUACAUCAGAGAAGUCAUACAGGUGAGAGACCAUUUCCAUGUUCUGAGUGUGGGAAAAGUUUUAUAGACAAAUCACAUCUUGUUGCACAUCAGAGAAGUCACACAGGUGAGAGACUAUUUCCAUGCUCUGAGUGUGGGAAAAGUUUUGUAUUCAAGUCACAGCUUGUUAGGCAUCAAAGAAGUCACACAGGUGAGAAACCAUUUCCAUGCUCUGAGUGUGGGAAAAGUUUUGCACGCAAAUCAGAGCUUAUUAUACAUCAGAAAAAUCACACAGUUGAGAAACCAUUUCCAUGCUCUGAGUGUGAGAAAUGUUUUCUGUGUAAAUCAGGACUUGUUAGACAUAAGAGAAGUCACACAGGUGAGAAUACAUUUCCAUGCUCUGAGUGUGGGAAAUGUUUUCUGUGUAAAUCAGGACUUGUUAGACAUCAGAGAAGUCACACAGGUGAGAAACCAUUUCCAUGCUCUGAGUGUGGGAAAAGUUUUGCAAGCAAAUCACAGUUUGUUAGACAUCAAAGAAGUCACACAGGUGAGAAACCAUUUCCAUGCUCUGAGUGUGGGAAAAGUUUUGCACGCAAAUCAGAGCUUGUUAUACAUCAGAAAAAUCACACAGGUGAGAAACCAUUUCCAUGCACUGAGUGUGAGAAAUGUUUUCCACUCAAAUCACAGCUUGCUAGACAUCAGAGAAUUCACACAGGUGAGAAUACAUUUCCAUGCUCUGAGUGUGGGAAAUGUUUUCUGUGUAAAUCAGGACUUAUUAGACAUCAAAGAAGUCACACAGGUGAGAAACCAUUUCCAUGCUCUGAGUGUGGGAAAAGUUUUGCAAGCAAAUCACAGUUUGUUAGACAUCAAAGAAGUCACACAGGUGAGAAACCAUUUCCAUGCUCUGAGUGUGGGAAAAGUUUUGCACGCAAAUCAGACUUUAUUAUACAUCAGAUAAAGCACACAGGUGAGAAACCAUUUCCAUGCACUGAGUGUGAGAAAUGUUUUCCACUUAAAUCACAGCUUGCUAGACAUCAGAGAAUUCACACAGGUGAGAAUACAUUUCCAUGCCCUGAGUGUGGGAAAUGUUUUCUGUGUAAAUCAGAAUUUGUUAGACAUCAAAGAAGUCACACAGGUGAGAAACCAUUUCCAUGCUCUGAGUGUGGGAAAAGUUUUGCAAGCAAAUCAAAGUUUGUUAGACAUCAAAGAAGUCACACAGGUGAGAAACCAUUUCCAUGCUCUGAGUGUGGGAAAAGUUUUGCACGCAAAUCAGACUUUAUUAUACAUCAGAUAAAGCACACAGGUGAGAAACCAUUUCCAUGCACUGAGUGUGAGAAAUGUUUUCCACUUAAAUCACAGCUUGUUAGACAUCAGAGUAGUCACACGGGUGAGAAACCAUUUCCAUGCUCUGAGUGUUGGAAAAGUCUUGCACUCAAAUCACAUCUAGUUAGACAUCAAAGAAGUCACACAGGUGAGAAACCAUUUCCAUGCUCUGAGUGUGGGAAAAGUUUUGCACUCAAGUUACAUCUUGUUAGACAUCAUAGAAGUCACACAGGUGAGAAUACAUUUCCAUGCACUGAGUGUGAGAAAUGUUUUCCACUUAAAUCACAGCUUGCUAGACAUCAGAGAAUUCACACAGGUGAGAAUAAAUUUCCAUGCUCUGAGUGUGGGAAAUGUUUUCUGUGUAAAUCAGAACUUGUUAUACAUCAGAGACGUCACAUAGGUGAGAAACCAUUUCCAUGCUCUGAGUGUGGGAAAAGUUUUGCACUCAAGUUACAUCUUGUUAGACAUCAGAGAAGUCACACAGGUGAGAAACCAUUUCCAUGCUCUGAAUGUGAGAAAAGUUUUGCAGGCAAAUCACAGCUUGCUAGGCAUCAUAGAAGUCACACAGGUAAGAAAUUUCCAUGCUCUGAGUGUGAGAAAUGUUUUCCACUCAAAUCACAGCUUGCUAGACAUCAGAGAAGUCACACAGGUGAGAAACCAUUUCCAUGCUCUGCGUGUGGGAAAAGUUUUGCAGGCAAAUCGUAUCUAGUUAAACAUCAAAAAUUACACAGGAGUAAAGCAUUACUAUGAUCUGAUACACAACAGGGUUGUAGCAACAUUUUAUUGUAUUGGACAGGUCCGGACUGCCCAUCUGUCACCUCUGGCAUAUUCCAGAAGUGCCAAUGGACUGGUGGUUUCAUCCAGUUCCACAGAGAGAUGGGAAGGCCCUGUGCAGUGCAACCUCUGGCUCUCUGGUUUAUAUGCCCCUACUUUCCAAAGUGUCUGUCUACAUGGAAAUGGGGACGUGCAGUAAGUCCACGCGCCCCUUACAGCACGUCCUCGUGUGUCAUGUCCUUGCGCCCCCCCCGUGAUGUGCGCUUGCAAGUUUACAAAUGCCCAAUCCAAAUAGGAGCCCCAGUUUGUCCCUGCCAGUAGAUAUCGGCACCACUCUCCACAUCAAUACCAGACCAUCGUGUUAUAUAAGCUUCUAUGGGCCUAAUGCAUAGUCAAUUGCAAAACGAAAAUCUUCCGCUAAUGGGAAAAUCUAUGUGCACUGCAGGUGGGGCAGAUGUAACAUGUGCAGAGAGAGUUAGAUUUGAGUGAGGUGUGUUCAAAUGGAAAUCUAAAUUGCAGUGUAAAAAUAAAGCAGCCAGUAUUUACCCUGCACAGAAACAAUAUAACCCACCCUAAUCUAACUAUCUGCACAUUUCUCAUACAUCCUAGGGGAUUCUGGGGU